UCAUCUCGAUUCAGUGUUGUACACUGACAGAUUGUGACAGAAACCCCCAUAAGUCAAAGGAAAUUCCAGAAGGCAGGAAAAGCUCUUGAAUUUUUCAGGAAGCAAAUACGUGUAUUCUGGUUUUUCCACCAUGGGCUCCAUAAAUAGACGCAAUGAACCAAUUAGCCGUGACGAAGUGCAGCGGCUUCUGAGAAACCCAUCAAAUAAUCCCGACCGAAUGCUGUUAUUUCUGGACACAAGAUUUGCCAGUGAAGAUGUGAGGAACUCCAACCGUGUGAUGCCCGACAUUCACAUAUUUUCCGGACCUGUAGUGCAAAAUUUGAGACCCUUUGUGCCGGUGAAUCUGUCCAAUGAGAACUCUUGGGUCUACUCCGUACUCUUGCAAGAACCAAUAGUUCGUCCUGCGCCUCCAGGGCGAAUUCGCUACACUGCUGUGUCUCGAUGGAGUCCACCAACGCGUAUGGGAAGAAACGUCAUUUUUCCGGAGGACAUCAGAGGACUGAUACUGAUGGCCAUGAUAGUGAACCCCGAAAUCGACACUCUAAUGAACAUCGAUCCCAUCAAGGCCAUGUCCCUGAUGCUGAACAUUGCUCUCUACUUUCUCACCUGAGUCGGGAUAGUAACUAAAAACUAUGUAAAUUUACUAUUAUAAAUUGUAAAUUUAAAAUCUUAUUUUACUAGUUAUUUGACAUUGGGAUGGACGUUAAAACCCAUUAAUAAAUUGUUAUUCUUUGGGAGCGAAAUAAGCGAAGUCAGCUAGAAACUGAUUGAUGAAUGUAAGAGAUCUCUUUGAAUUUGUUUUCCCAAUUUUAAAUACAACUGUAAAACAAUCUUUCUUUUGCAAAUUUAAA